ACGUCACGCGCAGCGGCAGCCAGCGCGCGCGGAGGCCGUCCCCGCGGCCCCAAUCCGGGAGGAGCCCGGGUUGAGUGGGCGGGGCCGCGGCGGCGAACGGGCAGAUCGAUUGGCAGAGGAGGAGGAGCGAGAGGGCGAGCAGGCAAGUAGGAGCGAGGCGGGGCGGGCCGAGGCUGCACGGAAGUCUCGCGAGGCCGAGCCUGAGCGGAGUGUGGCGGCGGCGGCGGCGGCGAGAUCUGGGCUCGGGGUGAGGAGUUGGUAUUUGUGUGGAAGGAGGCGGAGGCGCAGGAGGAAGGGGAAAGCGGAGCGCCGGCCCGGAGGGCGGGAGGAGGCGCGGCCAAAGCGGGCGGCCGAGGCGCGGCGGGGCGCCGGGGCGAGCAGCGGCCGAGCGAGCGCGGGGCGCACCGAGGCGAGGAGGCGGGGAAGCCCGCCGCCGCCGCCGCCGCGCCCGCCCCUUCCCCCCGCCGCCCGCCCCCUCUCCCCCCGCCCGCCCGCCGCCUUCCUCCCUCUGCCUUCCUUCCCCACGGCCGGCUGCCUCCUCGCCCGCCUGCCCGCAGCCCCGGAGCUGAGGCCGCCGCGGCCGUGGCGGCCGAGCCCUCAGUCAUGGCCUCGGGCGACACCCUCUACAUCGCCACGGACGGCUCGGAGAUGCCGGCCGAGAUCGUGGAGCUGCACGAGAUCGAGGUGGAGACCAUCCCGGUGGAGACCAUCGAGACCACGGUGGUGGGCGAGGAGGAGGAGGAGGACGACGACGACGAGGACGGUGGCGGCGGCGACCACGGCGGCGGGGGCGGCCACGGGCACGCGGGCAGCCACCACCACCACCACCACCACCAUCACCACCCGCCCAUGAUCGCGCUGCAGCCGCUCGUCACCGACGACCCGACCCAGGUGCACCACCACCAGGAGGUGAUCCUGGUGCAGACGCGCGAGGAGGUGGUGGGCGGCGACGACUCGGACGGGCUGCGCGCCGAGGACGGCUUCGAGGACCAGAUCCUCAUCCCUGUGCCCGCGCCGGCCGGCGGCGACGACGAUUACAUUGAGCAGACGCUGGUCACCGUGGCGGCGGCGGGCAAGAGCGGCGGCGGCGGCUCGUCGUCGUCGGGCGGCGGCCGCGUCAAGAAGGGCGGCGGCAAGAAGAGCGGCAAGAAGGGCUACCUCGGCGGCGGGGCCGGGGCGGCGGGCGGCGCGGACGCGGGCAACAAGAAGUGGGAGCAGAAGCAGGUGCAGAUCAAGACCCUGGAGGGCGAGUUCUCGGUCACCAUGUGGUCCUCAGAUGAAAAAAAAGAUAUUGACCAUGAGACGGUGGUUGAAGAACAGAUCAUUGGAGAGAACUCACCUCCCGAUUAUUCAGAGUAUAUGACAGGAAAGAAACUUCCUCCUGGAGGGAUACCUGGCAUUGAUCUCUCAGAUCCCAAACAACUAGCAGAAUUUGCUAGAAUGAAGCCAAGAAAAAUUAAAGAAGAUGAUGCUCCAAGAACAAUAGCUUGCCCUCAUAAAGGCUGCACAAAGAUGUUCAGGGAUAACUCUGCCAUGAGGAAACAUCUGCACACCCACGGCCCCAGAGUCCACGUCUGUGCAGAGUGUGGCAAAGCUUUUGUUGAGAGCUCAAAACUAAAACGACACCAACUGGUUCAUACUGGAGAGAAGCCCUUUCAGUGCACGUUCGAAGGCUGCGGGAAACGCUUUUCACUGGACUUCAAUUUGCGCACACAUGUGCGAAUCCAUACCGGAGACAGGCCCUAUGUGUGCCCCUUCGACGGUUGUAAUAAGAAGUUUGCUCAGUCGACUAACCUGAAAUCUCACAUCUUAACACAUGCUAAGGCCAAAAACAACCAGUGAGAAGAAGAGAGAGAAGACCCUUCUCAGCCUCGGGAAGCAUCUUCCAGGAGUGUGAUUGGGAAUAAAUAUGCCUCUCCUUUGUAUAUUGUUUCUAGAAAAGAAUUUUAAAAAUGAAUCCUACAUACCCAAGGGACAUGUUUUGAUAAAGUAGUAAAAAUUAAAAAAAAAAAACUUUAAUAAGAUGACAUUGCUAAGAUGCUCUAUCUUGCUCUGUAAUCUCGUUUCAAAAACACGGUGUUUUUGUAAAGUGUGGUCCCAACAGGAGGACAAUUCAUGAACUUCGCAUCAAAAGACAAUUCUUUAUACAACAGUGCUAAAAAUGGGACUUCUUUUCACACUCUUAUAAAUAUGAAGCUCACCUGUUGCUUACAAUUUUUUUAAUUUUGUAUUUUCCAAGUGUGCAUAUUGUACACUUUUUGGGGAUAUGCUUAGUAAUGCUAUGUGUGAUUUUUCUGGAGGUUGAUAACUUUGCUUGCAGUAGAUUUUCUUUAAAAGAAUGGGCAGUUACAUGCAUACUUCAAAAGUAUUUUCCUGUAAAAAAAAAAGUUAUAUAGGUUUUGUUUGCUAUCUUAAUUUUGGUUGUAUUCUUUGAUGUUAACACAUUUUGUAUAAUUGUAUCGUAUAGCUGUAUUGAAUCAUGUAGUAUCAAAAUAUUAGAUGUGAUUUAAUAGUGUUAAUCAAUUUAAACCCAUUUUAGUCACUUUUUUUUUCCGAAAAAUACUGCCAGAUGCUGAUGUUCAGUGUAAUUUCUUUGCCUGUUCAGUUACAGAAAGUGGUGCUCAGUCGUAGAAUGUAUUGUACCUUUUAACACCUGAUGUGUACAUCCCGUGUAACAGAAAGGGCAACAAUAAAAUAGCAAUCCUACAGAAAGAAUAUGGCAGAAAAAGAUCUGUAAGCACAGUCUUAUUUCCUUUUGUUGUCCAGAAUAAUUAUAAUUCUUGAGCCUCCCAGAAAUUGGAAGUUAAAUAAAGCAACUCAAGUUUCCUUUAUUUUGCACUCAAUUACAGUGACUUGUGAUUAAAGCAAUGCAUGGAUAUUUUAA